AUGUUGAGUAGAUCCUUAUUUAAUCGCAGAUUGGUUGGUGCAUUUUCCACCAGAAUCCAAUCCACCAGAUUCAUCUCCACAGAGUUGAAAGAUGCCUUAGACAAAGCAGUCCAAGGUUCUAAGGUGGUUCUUUUCAUGAAGGGAACCCCCAAUUACCCCCAAUGUGGCUUUUCCAAAAAGACGGUACAGAUCCUCGGACAACAAGGAGUUGAUCCUGAGAAGUUUGCUGCUUAUAACGUUUUAGAAGAUCCCGAGUUACGUGACGGAGUCAAGGAGUACAGCUCAUGGCCUACGAUCCCCCAAUUAUAUGUUAAUGGAGACUUUGUUGGUGGGUGCGACAUUAUUUCCAGUAUGGCCGAGACCGGCGAGUUGGCCGAUUUAUUGGAGGAAAACGAUUGUUUAGUUCCUGAAGAAGCGGAAGAACCUACUUCUGCAAACAUCAACCCAAGCAAAAGAGGUGAUGAUUAA